AUGGUCUGGCGGGUGCGGGGACCCUCUGCGGUGACCAAGAGGGUGCUGGGGGUCCCAGGAGAGACACAUGGAAUCACAUUUAGAAUUCAAAUCAGCGUGAAAGAACUGCUGGAUACAGAUGUACAUUUAAAGCUGUUAUUUCAUUUACCAGUCAAUUAUCCAUCAACUGUACCAGAUAUUUCUGUUAGCUCAGACCAGCUUACAAGGGCCCAAUGCAUGGACGUGAAAGAUAAAUUACUUGAAGAAGCAAAGAAGCAUCUUUCUGAACCUAUGGUACACGAUCUGAUUCUUUGGAUACAGCAGCAUCUUAAAUAUGUCAUUAAGCAAUCAGCAACAGUUUGCAAUGAAAAAACUACUUUGUCAAAAGGAAUAAGUACAGAGGAUGGUAUCUGGAUGCUACUUUUGCAUUUAGAUCACAUGAGAGCAAAGGCAAAAUACGUCAAAACUGUGGAAAAAUGGGCUUCAGAUCUAAGGCUGACUGGAAGACUGAUGUUCGUGGGCAAGAUAAUAUUGAUUCUUCUUCAGGGUGACAGGAGCAACAUUAAGGAGUACUUGAUUCUUCAGAAAACUUGUAAGGUAGAUGUGGACUCAAGCGGAAAGAAAUGCAAAGAGAAAAUGAUUAGUGUACUGUGUGAGACAAAAGUACAGUCACAGCAUAAAAGGUUUCAGACGUUUGAAGUCCAAGAAUAUUCAACACUGGAUGAGCUACAAAAGGAAUUUGAAACUGCAGGACUUACAACUCUUUUCUCUGAGUUUGUGCCUCCUCUCUUAAAAUAAAAUUAAAAGAAAACACUGGACUCUUUGACCAAAGGAGUAGUUGACUGCAGAUGCUGAUGGAAGAUGAAAGGACUAAUUUGGCGAAUGACUUGAAAGCUUUUCUGCAAAAAUGCCAGAAGUACCCAUCCUUUUGCAAGAAGGCGGUGGCAAUUCAUACAUUAAGCAUUGAUAUUUUUUUGACAUUUAUGUAUUGAUAACUUUUUCCAGGGAACGUGGAAUAAGUUGUGAUAAUUGCAUGACAAGCAUG